AUGGGCCGCCCUUCGCCACAGGUGCCGCCCUUCGCCACAGGUGCCGCCCUUCGCCACAGGCCUGCCGCACUACGGGCACAUCCUGGCGGGCACGAUCAAGGACGCCUGCCGCACUACGGGCACAUCCUGGCGGGCACGAUCAAGGACGUGGUGACGCGCUACCAGACGGCCACGGGCCACCACGUCACGCGGCGCUUCGGGUGGGACUGCCACGGGCUGCCCGUCGAAUACGAGAUCGACCAGAAGCUCAACGUCAAGAGCCGCGACGACGUGACGCGGAUGGGCAUAGACGUGUACAACGAGGAGUGUCACAGCAUUGUCAUGCGCUACUCCUCCGAGUGGCGCGACAUCAUCACGCGCGUGGGCCGUUGGAUCGACUUUGACAACGACUACAAGACGUUGGAUGCGGGGUACAUGGAGUCGUGCUGGUGGGUCUUCUCGCAGCUCUACGCCAAGGGCCUUGUGUACCGGGGCUUUAAGGUCAUGCCAUUCUCCACCGCCUGCAACACGCCGCUCUCCAACUUUGAAGCUGGCCUCAACUACAAGGACGUGUCGGACCCAGCGGUGGUGGUGACGUUCCCACUGCACGGGGAUGCGGAUGGGGCAGCACUGGUGGCAUGGACCACCACGCCCUGGACGUUGCCCUCCAACCUCGCGCUCUGCGUCAACCCCGCCUUCUCCUACUGCAAGGUGCGCAACCGGGACACGGGCGCCGUGCUCAUGCUCGCGCACUCCCGCCUUUGCGCCCUGCCCGGCCGCAAGAAGGCCAAGGGGGAGGGCAAGGGGGACGCUAAGGGGGAGGCCAAGGGGGAUGAGAAGGCAGCAGGGGAGGAGAAGGGGAAGGGAGAGGCGAAGGGAGGCAAGGCAGGUGGCGGAGAGAAGGGGAAGGGCGGCAAGGGAGGGGGGAAGAAGGGCGGAGGCAGCAAGGAGCAGAGCGGGGGGGCGGCAGCAGGGGGCGGGGGAGUGGAGGGCCUGGAUGAGUCGCUGUAUGAGGUGAUCGCCACCGUCACUGGCGCUGACCUUGUGGGCCUCACCUACGAGCCCAUGUUUCCGUACUACAAGGAGGCCAUGCCCUCUGCGUUCCGAGUGGUGGCGGACAGCUUUGUGACGGACGACAGCGGCACGGGCGUGGUGCAUUGCGCGCCCGCCUUUGGGGAGGACGACUACCACGUGUGCCUGGCUGCAGGAAUCAUCGGCAAGGGUGAGGCGAUACCGAAUCCAGUGGAUGGCGAUGGGCGGUUCACGGAGAAGGUGACGGACUUCAAGGGGCAAUAUGUGAAGGAUGCAGACAAGCCCAUCCUCGCCAUGCUCAAGGAGGCGGGGAGGGUGGUGAGUGUGGGGAGCAUAAUGCAUUCCUACCCCUUCUGCUGGCGCUCCGACACGCCCCUCAUCUACCGUGCCGUGCCCAGCUGGUAUGCGCACCACCCCCCUCCCUCCCCCCUCACUGUGCCCAGCUGGUUCAUAGCGGUGGAGCAGAUAAAGCCCGCACUCCUAGCGGCCAACGCGGGCACGCAGUGGGUGCCGGAGUACGUCAAAGAAAAGCGCUUCCACAACUGGCUCGAGAACGCGCGCGACUGGGCCGUCAGCCGCUCCCGCUUCUGGGGCACGCCGCUGCCCAUCUGGGCCAAUGAGGACUUGAGUGAGAUGAGGGUGGUGGGCAGCAUUGCAGAGCUGGAGGCGCUGGGGGGGGAGCGGGUGUCGGACCUGCACCGGCACAAGAUCGACCACAUCACCAUUCCCAGCAGCAAGGGGGCGGACCACCCGCCGCUCAAGCGCAUUGAGGAUGUGAGUGCUGCUGCCAGGGGGGAGGGGAGCGGGGCUGUGGGCGUGGGGUUGUGGGUGAGGCGUGGGGCUGUGGGUGAGGCGUGGGUGUGGGUGAGGCGUGGGGUUGUGGGCGUGGGGCUGUGGGUGAGGCGUGGGGCUGUGGGCGUGGGGCUGUGGGUGUUUGACUGCUGGUUUGAGAGUGGCAGCAUGCCGUACGCGUACAUCCACUACCCGUUUGAGAACAAGGAGCUCUUCGAGAAGAACUUCCCUGGCCACUUCAUCGCCGAGGGGCUCGACCAGACCCGCGGCUGGGUGGGGGGUUCACUUGUGCUGGAUGAACAUUGCCCUCACCCGCUGAUGCUGUGGAUGGCGAAGGCCAUGCUCGCACACCCGCACCUCGCCCUGUCGGCCGGCCUUCACUCCACUCGGACUCUCCUUCUCCCUCUCACCACUUUGUGCCCACUUGCCCAUUUUGCCCUCAUUCCCCCUCCCCCAUGCCCCAUUCCCUCCCCUCUCUUCCCCCCUGCCCUCCUGCCACCACCCCCCUCCCCACCUCCCUCGUCUCUUAGGUUCUACACGCUGAUGGUGCUGUCAACAGCCCUGUUCAACAAGCCCGCGUUCCGCAAUCUCAUAUGCAACGGGCUCGUGCUGGCGGAGGACGGCAAGAAGAUGAGCAAGCGCCUUCGCAACUACCCGCCGCCCAUGGACGUCGUGGGGGCCUACGGUGCGGACGCGCUGCGCCUCUACCUCAUCAACUCGCCCGUCGUGCGCGCCGAGCCCCUGCGCUUCAAGAAGGAAGGCGUCUUCGCCGUGGUGCGGGACGUGUUCCUGCCAUGGUACAACGCGUACCGCUUCCUCGUGCAGAACACGCUGCGCCUCACCGCCGAGGGACUGCCGCCCUUCCAGCCAAUGACGGCGCGCCAGCUGGCGGAGAGCAGCAACGUGCUGGACGUGUGGAUCCACUCCGCCAGCCAGAGCCUGGCGCAGUUCGUGCGAGCUGAGAUGGAGGCGUACCGCCUCUACACCCUGAAUGUGGUGCUGUCACGUCACACACUGCUAGCUUCCUUCCUCUCGUAUUCUCAUCUCCCUUUUCUCACUCUUCCAUGUCAGUCCCUUUUCUCACACUUCCAUGUUGGUGUUGUUGCUGGCACCACCUCCAUCCUGAUUGUGCUGUUGAGGGUGUGCAAGGCCAUGGCGCCCUUCACGCCAUUCUUCACCGAGGCCAUGUACCAGAACCUCCGCAAAGCCCUGCCGCCACGCCCCCCUGCUGCUGAUGGUGGGGCGGGGAAGGCGGAGGGGCUGGGCGGGGUGGCGGAGGACGAGGAGCAUGCGGAGUGGGCGGAGGAGUCGGUGCACUUCUGCUGCUUCCCCUCCUCCGACCAGCACGUGAGUCGCUCUCAUGAGCACGCGGGGUUGGGGGAUGGUGAUCAGCAUGUGAACGAUUGGUGCUUGCUGUCUCCCACCUAUUCCUGCACCUUCCUCUCUCCCUCACUUCUUCCUGCAUGCGUGCAGCACAGCAGAUUGACUGCUGCUGAUUGGAUCUCCAUGCUCGUGGACGAGCGCACGGAGCGCAGUGUGGAGAGGAUGAUGAAGGUCAUUGACCUCGCCAGGAACAUCCGCGAGAGAAACAACCGCCCGCUCAAGACGCCCCUCAGCACUGCUCACCUCCUCCCUGUCGUCCGUGCGUGUGUGCCGUGUGACCGCGGCAGGGAGAUGGUGGUGGUGCACCCGGACGCUCAAUUCCUUGAAGACAUCACUGGCAAGCUGUGUGAGUACGUGCGGGAGGAGCUGAACGUGCGCUCCGUGCUGCCCUGCGCUGACACCAGCAAGUACACCUCCGUGCGCGCCGAACCUGACUUCAGUGUGUUGGGGCGGCGCGUGGGGAGGGCGAUGGGCGCAGUAGCGAAGGCGGUGAAGGAGAUGGACGCGGCGGCCAUCGCUGCCAUGCAGCUCGCUGGGGAGGUCACUGUGGCGGGCCACAUGCUCUCCGCCUCUGAUAUCAAGGUGGGCACAGGGGGGGAUGGAGAUGAGAGGCACGGGGGGGCAGAGACGAGGGUCGUGGGCAGUCUUUGGUGUCCACUCCGCCGUCCAUUGCCCACACGCCUGCCAUCCUGUGUCUACCAGGUGGUGCGCGACUUCAAGGCGCCCGAGGGCAGCACGGCGGGCGACAUGGACGCGGCGGGCGAUGGCGAGGUGCUCGUGGUGCUGGACCUGCGCGUCGAUACCGACCUGCUUGACGCUGGCACUGCACGCGAGCUCCCACCACCCCCCUCCCUCGUUGACGACCCUCUUGUGUCCGCCCCCUGUGCUGCCCACCCCUGUGCUGUCCCCCCCUGUGCUGCCCACCCCUGUGCUGUCCCCCCCUGUGCUGCCCACCCCUGUGCUGUCCCCCCCUGUGCUGCCCACCCCUGUGCUGUCCCCCCCUGUGCUGCCCACCCCUGUGCUGUGGUGAACCGCGCGCAGAAGCUGCGCAAGAGGGCAGGGCUGGAGCCAUCGGACGCCGUGGAGGCAUUCAUCCUUGUGCACGCGCCCGAUGGCGCUGAUGGUGCUGCCUCUGCUGCCAUGAGCCUCAAGUGCCCCACUCUUAACCGUUUCUCUUAUGCAUUCGUUGUGAUCCCCUCCUAUCUUUAUGUUCUUCCCAUCCUCUCCUCUCUUCCCAUCCUCUCCUCUCUUCCCAUCCUCUCCUCUCUUCCCAUCCUCUCCUCUCUUCCCAUCCUCUCCUCUCUUCCCAUCCUCUCCUCUCUUCCCAUCCUCUCCUCUCUUCCCCUUUCUCCCGUCCAUCGCUUUCACUACGUUCUCCCCAUCAGCUCCGCUCACCUUUCUUUGCUUCACCGCGUUGCCCUCCCUUCCGCCCUUUCCCCACCCCACCAGGCGGAGUACAUUCGGGAAGCGUUGGGGGCGCCGCUGCUAUCUGCCGACUACUGCCCCUCCCAUGCCGUAUGUGCCCCUCCCAUGCCGUAUGUGCCCCUCCCAUGCCGUAUGUGCCCCUCCCAUGCCGUAUGUGCCCCUCCCAUGCCGUAUGUGCCCCUCCCAUGCCGUAUGUGCCCCUCCCAUGCCGUGGUGCUGGCAUCGGAGCGCUACAGCGGGGUGGCGGGGGCCUCCUUCACACUCACGCUCACUCGCCCCGCACUCUGCUUCUCGCCGUCCCUCGCUGCUGACCUCUGCAACGGCGAUGCAGCUGCAGCCACGGCAGUGCAGGUGGCGCUCAUGGCUCGCGACCCCGCCAAGCUCAAGGCUGAGAUUGCAGCUGCAGGCGGCAAGGUGAGCAGCGAUAGCCAUGCCGUGCGGUGUAUGUGA